GAAAAAAGCAGCGCAAGUCAGGACCAGCAGCAGCACGACGCUCGGAGUAUCGCCAGAAAUCCGAGUCUUUCGACGAUCAACGAGGAGCGUUCCUCGCAGAUCUCAGUGUAUGAGUCUGCCGAAGUCACUUUAGUCGACGAUGGUGACAAAGACGAAAUAUCCGUCAGCAUUGAUGGCAAAGACGUGUCUGUUUCACUGUAUGACACGCCUGACUUAUCCGAAAAAGACGCUAAACAGAUUGCUGACAUGUACUCCGAGGAAAUAUCCGAUCAUUUCUCCGGUCAAGAAGGUAACCAAGCUGAACUUCCUCCUCUUCGCAUUGUUCGUGAAACUUCACGCACAGGACCGCUUCUCAUGGAAGCCAUGGUCAUCGACGUAGAGAACGAUGCGUUUGAUGAAUACAUGAGUAUGUCUGACCAAGCUUACGACGACUUGAGAACUGAGGCUGACGUGGAAGAACUGUCCGUAAUCGAAGCGGUGAUGGUUGAUGAGAGAGAAGUCUUGAGGUCUGACAUUGUGGAUAUGCCUGAUGUUGCAGUUGAAGUGGUAUCACCACAAAUUGUCGAGGGAGACUUAAAAGAAAUCGCUCAGAUAUCCGAGGCCAAUAUCAUGGCCCAGAACCUCAGAGCUUUGAGUGAACAGGGACUCGCAAUGUUGCAAGAUGAUGGGCAAAUUCAUGAUGAAGAUUUCAUUGGUGGAAGAGUGGCAGUGAAAGAUCAUGGGGAACAAAUGGCAGAGAAUAUACAGAAGAAAUCGAAACGACCAAUAGAUUACGUAGAAUCGGCAAUGUCUGACACUGAGCUCGCGAGCAAUGCAGACGCGGGCCAGGAAAGCAGCGAAACUGCCACUCUACCUGAUGACGGCAAAUCAGCUAAGAAGAGUGCAAAAAAGAGGAAGAAGAAAGAAAGCCUUAUUGGCUCUCCAGAUGUUCAGUUAUCUGAAGUUUCGACUCCUGUCAGCCCAGAAUAUUCCAAUGUUGUUUUCGUAGAAAAGAGUGCCAUGGACAUAAAUGAUGUCCCAAUUCUUGAAGCAGCGCCCUCGUUGAAGCAGCUUAUCAUUCAAAAUAAAUUUGCCGAGGUUUUGGAAGCCUCGUAUAUCGAAGCAAUAAUUCAACAGCAGGUCAAUCUUCUAUGUGGAACCGAAAGUCAGUUUUUCAAUUUAGAAGACCCUCAAUUACAAGAGGCGGUGUUACAACAACUGACAUCAGCUGUACUGGCACAGCAGGUGCAGUACCGAGAGACAGAUGAACCACUUCGAAUAGUAGGCGAUUCUUCGCAUGCUGGAGAAGAAUUUUGUUUGGACACCGCUCAACAAUUCGGUCCAUUUCCUACCACACAAGACACCUCUGGACUAUUUAUCGGAAAUUACGAAGAGACGGAAAUCGAUUCGUCGGAUGUCAUGGAGCAGAUGCUAAUGAACAUUGCCACAUCAUCAGCAGAAGCUGUCCUUGCUCAAGACAGUGGCACCGAACUUAUAAAUCAAUACGUUUCUGUUGAAGAAAAUGCUACUUUGUGGAUGGAACCUCACCCCACUGUUCACACUCUUCAGCCUGAGGAACUUGAGUACCAAUCUAGUUUUGAAACGGAGGAUAAUGAAGUGAAAACAGCAGUUUCUGAUAUUGAACAAGGUGCAGACUCAAAUGCUACGGUCUCAGAACCUCCCCAAUUACAAACUGCAGAUGAAAAUCUUCUGCAGGGCAAAACACUUGCGAAGAAACGUCAAUCGGAAGAACAACUUCCCAAGGCCAGUGAUGCAACUAAAGGAGAUACAACAGUGGCGAAGAAAGUCAAAGUGGACGAAAGCGUCGGUACUAAAGACAAAAAAUACGUAGAUGGCAAAAAGACUGUAAAAGAAGACGUGAAAGUUAGAACCAACCUCUCUGGUACAGACAUCUCUGCUCUCCAGACUGCCGUCAAUAAACUGAAGCUAGAAAAGAAGCCGAUUGAAAUUGAAGAAAUGUUGUCAGCUGGGGAAAACAAAAUCUCUGUGAAGAGCAGCAAGAUUAGGCUUUCAUCUGAUCAACAGAAAAAUUUAGAAAACUUGGAUAAUUUCCCGGUGGAACUUCAAGUCCUGGCUCAGGUUCAAAUGGAACUACCAGAGGGCAAGCAAUUGAUUCAUAAAGUCAUAGGCCCUCGAACUGCCGAACUAGCAAACAGGUUAAGUGAGUGUGACGUUGGUGAUGCAUUCAAGUCAUUGCCGGUAAUUGAAAUAACCGAGAUCAAGGCUGGUCCUGAAGUGAUCAAGCGUAAAAUGAAAAUCAAUAAAGCCAAAGUUAUUUACAUGGAAGAUAAAUGUGAAACUAUUGAUGAACAAAGCCUUAGGGAAAUUUGCACAGCAUCUGCUGAGGAAGUGCUCGCUGAAGUUUCACCGAAGAAAGGAUUUUUCAAAAAAAUACUUCCGGUUAAAAGGAAACCAAUUGAAGUUGUAGUAGAAGGAAACGUUCUGGUAAAAGAUGAAGUCCCAGAAUGUGAUACGAGUCAGCUCGUACAUGAGGCUAGUGAAGAAAAACCAUCUGCAAGAAUCGAAGCAAAACAGGCAGCAUGCGAGAGUGAUGCUGAUGAUUCAGUUGCGAAGCAUAUUUCUGAUAAAAUUUCAGUUAAUGAAACUUCAGUUAUUGCUGAACCCAUGGGCAUCGCAGGCGUUUACGAGAAACUAGGGAAAGAAUUACCUGAGCCUGUAAAAGAGUUGUCGGACGAUGAUCUGAGAUCAUUGACUGCCGUAUUGCAACAGAUUAUUGCCGUUGAACGUCCAGUAGAACUGGUUGAGAAAACUACCCCACAUGGGGAAGUCUUUGAAAUUUGUGAGGGUAAUGUGGAAAUAUCAAAAGAUAAUUUUGAGGUCCUUCAAUCUUUGGUCAAUCCGGCUGAAGAUUUAGGCAUUGCAAUUGAGAUAACUGAAACCCUUGAUGAUGAAAGACUCAUAAUUCACAAAGUUAUUAGCCCUAAAAAUGAGCGGCUGCUUGAGAAACUAAUUGCUGAAUCCUCAAAAGCCGAAAUUGCAAUGAUCCCUGUUUUUGAAAUAACUGAAGAAAUAGACAAAGGAAAAACUGUAAAGAAAACUGUAAAAGUGAAUGAAGCGAAGGUGGUUUUGGGAGACGCUCAACAUGCGUCGCUCGAAGGCGCAGGGCUUCUGACCAGCUGUCAGACUGCUAUUUCGGAAGUCAUUCCUCACAAGAACGAACUCUGCAAGGCUGUAGUUUCAACAGUUCACGGUGAUGUCGUUCAAGAAGUGACACGGGGACUGGAUUCUAUCGACGCUGCAGAGCCAAAAUCUAGAAUCGAGAUUGGCCAACAAGAUGAUGUCAUAGCCGAAUCAAAAGAUGUCGAUGAAAAACAAAGCAACAUACAAGAGUUCAGCGAAAAAUCUGUUACAGAAUUAAAACCAUUAGUCGAAGCCGAGCCAAAAUCUCGAAUCAUUGAAGAACCACAAGAUUUUUACAAAGAAGAAGAAAAAUUUGCGUCAGGAAAUGAUGUAAAAUCCCCACUUGCGCAAGAAGCGGCACCUAUGACUGAACGAGAAGUGUUACUACCAUCUGGACAAGAAGCGACACCCUCACUAGGACAAGAAGCUACGUCUCCACCUGUACAAAAAGCUGUAUUUCCAUUUACACAAGAGAUCACAUCUCUACCUGGACAAGAAGCGGUACCACCACCUAUACAAGAAACUGCACCUACACCUGCACAAGAAGCCGUAUCUUUACCCAGACAAGAAGCGGUACCACCACCUCGACAAGAAGCCGUACUGCCACCUAGAGAAGAGUCCGUAUCUCUUAUUGGACAAGAAGAGGUACCACCACCUAGACAAGCAGCUGUAUCACCACUACCUGAACAGGAAACGGUAAUCAUGCCAAGACAAGAAGCUGUAUCAUCACCUGGAGAAGAAGGUGUAUCAGCACCUGGACAAGAAGUGGUACCCCCACCUGGACAAGAAGUGGUACCCCCACCUGGACAAGAAGUGGUACACCCACCUAGACAAGAAGUGGCAAUCCCACUUAGACAAGAAGUGGUAAUCCCACUUGGACAAGAAGUGGUAAUCCCACUUGGACAUGAAUUGGUAAUCCCACCUGGACAAGAAGUGGUAAUCCCACCUGGACAAGAAGUGGUGAUCCCACCCGGACAAGAAGUGGCUAUAUCACCUGGACAAGAUGCGGUACUUUCACGAGGACAGAAAGUCGUGUCUCCAUCUGUCCUAGAAGCGUUACCACCUGGAAAAGAAGCCGUAUCUCCACCUAGGAAAGAAGCCGCAUCUAUAACCAGGCAAGAAGCUGCAUCUGCACCUGGGCAAGAAGCAGUAUCUUCACCUGGACAAGAAGAGGUAUAUUUAUCUGGACAAAAUGCCGUAUCUCUACCCGGACACAAAUCUCUAACUUCUUCUGGAAAAGAAGAGCGAUUUUCAUCUGGACAAGAUGUCGCACUUGCACCUGGACAGGUAGAAAUAUCUCCACCUGGAAAAGAAGGCGUAUCUUCGCCUAGCCAAACAGCGUUAUCUCCACCUGAGCAAGAAGAGGUAUCUCCACCAGGACAAAAAGCGGUAUCUCCACCCGGACAAAUAGCGGCAUCUCCCCCUGAACAAGAAUCGGUAACUCCGCUAGGACGAGAAGAGAUAUCUCCCCUUGAACAAGUUAACGAAUUGCCACCUCGACAAGAAAGCGAAGCUCCUCCUCGACAAGAAUCCGUACAUCCACUUGGACAAGAAGCCGCACCUCCACCUGUACAAGAAGCCGAAUUUCCAUCUAGACACGAAGCCACAUCUUCACCUAGACAAGAAGCCGUAUCACCUUCAGGACACGAAGCCGAAUUUGCAGCUAGUCAAGAAGCCGCAUCCUCGACUAGGCAAGAAGCUGGAUCUUCGUUGGAACAGAAAGCGGUACCUCCGCCUGGACAAGAAGCAGUAUCUCCAUCUGUUGCAGAAGCAGCACCUCUGCCUGGACAAAAACCCUAA